AUGAACUGCUAUAAAGGAUUCUUCAACCUUUUAAAUUUUUCUGGCGGUAUAAAGCUUAUACCACGGGAAUAUUUAUACAGUAAUCCAAAUGGUUCGUUUCCGAAGAUAUCACCAGAUGGAAAACACCUUGCAUUUCUUGCUCCAAGAAAGGGUGUGAUGAAUAUUUUCGUCUGUCUCAACUCGUAUGAUGUUGAUAAAGCAAAAGUAAUCACUUGUGAAAAUCGUAGGAUAGUAGAAUAUUAUUGGACGUAUGAUAAUAAUUAUAUUUUGUAUUCUUAUGACAAAGACGGAUGUGAAGAAUAUAAAAUUUAUAUAGUUAAUAUUAUUACAACUGAAAUGACAUGUCUGACUCCAUAUGACAAUGUUCGAUCUAUGUUUGUUCAACUUUCACCAAAAAACCCGAAUCGAAUAAUUGUUGCAAUUAACAAACCAAAUCCUAAUGCGAACAGCCUUUAUCAAAUUAAUUAUAAAACUGGUGUUAUUACGUUAAUUGAAGAGAAUACUCAAUUUUUUGAGGAAUAUACUGUCGAUGAUUCAUUAAAAAUUCGAUGUGCUAAAAGAUUGAUUAAAAAAAAAGAUAAAAAGGAUAAGAUCAAUGAGGAAGUCUGUAUAAAAGAUGAAAAUUCUAAUAAAUGGAGAUCGAUUAUUACUUAUGGUAUUAAAAAUGCCAGAUCUUUGAAGUUAAUUUCUAUAGAUGACGAAGGGACGAUUUAUUUAGUUGAUUCACGUCGUAAUGAAUUCUCUGCUAUAUGUAAAUUAAACACGAGCGAUAAAGAACUAAGAACUGAAUUUGCAAGGCCCCAAAAUCAAAAAGCGGAUAUUAAUAAAAUUCUUCUUCAUCCAAAAACCAAGAAGCCUAUCGCAUAUUCAGUCACUUACCUUAAAGAUAAAUGGUAUUGCAUUGAUGAAAAAAUUUCUUAUGACUUGGAUUUUUUAAGAAAAUUUAAUGACGGUGAACUUGACAUACUUUCUCAAUCAUUGGAUAAUAAAAUUUGGACUGUGGCUUUUGAAAGUGGAAAUCAACCUCCAAAAUACUACCUUUAUAAUCGAGACAACAGAUCAAUUAAUCAUUUAUUUGAUGCUUAUCCGAAAUUAGAAAAAUAUGUGUUAGCUCAAGUUUUUCCUUUAGUAAUUAAAUCCAGGGAUGAUCUAGAUUUAGUCUGUUAUCUUACACUGCCAGCCGGAAAAUAUGACCCUUCGACAGAAUACAAGCCAAAAAAGCCUUUGCCAUUAAUUUUGCAUGUUCAUGGCGGUCCUUGGACACGUGAUUACUAUGGCUUCAAAGCCGAUUCACAAUUUUUUGCAAAUCGUGGUUAUGCUGUAUUAAAUGUAAAUUAUCGUUCUUCCGUUGGCCUAGGUAGAUCUUUAAUUUGUGCUGGUGUUGGUCAAUGGGGCAAAAAAAUGAAUGAUGAUUUAAUUGACGCAGCAAAAUGGGCGAUUUCUGAAAAAAUUGCCAUAAAAGAAAAAAUUGCAAUUUAUGGGGGAAGUUACGGUGGAUUUGCUACAUUGGCUGGGCUUGCUCUUACAAAUAAAAAUGAAAAUUUUACUUUUGCUUGUGGUGUUGAAUUUUCUGGUCCUUCUGAUCUCGAUAAUAUUUGUUCUGUAUUAAAAAUAAAUAAUCCAAUUAGGACUAUCCCUUCGUAUUGGAAACCAUCUUAUGAUGAAUUUAUAUACCGUCUAGGUGGUGAUCCUGAUACUGUGAAAGGGUUGAAAUAUUUACAAUCCUGUAGUCCAUCAAACUAUGCGGACAAUAUUAAUAAACCUUUGUUAAUUGCUCAAGGUAAAAAUGACCCACGUGUGAAAUACGAAGAAAAAAAUAUUAUCGCCAAAACACUUAAGCACAAUAAAAUCCCUGUUGGAUACAUUUUAUAUUGUGAUGAAGGCCAUGGGUUUGCCAAGCCCGAAAACAUGCUUUCAUUUGUUGCCCUUAAGGAAAAAUUUUUAUCGGAAUGCUUAGGUGGUAAGUGUGAGGCACCUCAAUUGUUGAAUCAUACCAAGUAA